AUGCUUUCAAGGUCAUUGAGACGAGCGGGUGCCCUUUCUUGGGCGCGCUCGUCGCUACCCCGUCCUGGAGGCCGCUGUAUGGCGAGCGUCGCUAAUCUAGAAGAUAUCCCUACGGAAGACGACCAGCCCUUCAAAGUCCCAAUCUCAGAGGAAAGCUACUCUACAUACAACUUCGACCCGCCGCCAUACUAUGUGGAGACGACAAAAAAUGAACUCAAACAUCUAUUCCGCGAUAUGUCAAUGAUAAGACGUAUGGAGUUAGCCGCUGACGGCUUAUACAAGGAGAAAAAGAUCCGAGGAUUCUGCCAUCUUUCCACCGGUCAAGAGGCGGUCGCCGUGGGCAUCGAACAUGGAAUCACUAGGAGUGACAAGUUAAUUACGGCCUAUCGUUCCCAUGGAAACACGUUGAUGCGUGGAGGGACCGUUGAGUCCAUCCUUGGGGAGCUGCUCGGGCGACGAGGCGGUAUUUCGUAUGGCAAGGGUGGCUCGAUGCAUAUGUUCUGCGAGGGCUUUUUCGGUGGUAAUGGGAUUGUGGGAGCUCAUGUUCCUGUUGGUGCGGGUAUUGCAUUGGCUCAGCAGUACAAUGACGCGAAAAAUCUCACAAUCGAUCUAUACGGUGACGGAGCCGCGAACCAGGGCCAGGUUCACGAAACAUUUAACAUGGCUAAGCUAUGGAACUUGCCUAUCAUCUUUGGCUGCGAAAACAACAAAUAUGGUAUGGGCACUUCCGCUGACCGAGCUUCCGCCAUGACCGAGUACUACAAGAGGGGCCAAUAUAUCCCAGGACUACAGAUCGAUGGAAUGGAUGUUCUUGCCGUUCUUUCCGCCGUCAAACACGGGAAGAAGUUUGUCUUGGACGGAAACGGGCCUCUGGUAUACGAAUUUGUCACCUACCGCUACGCAGGACACUCAAUGUCUGAUCCGGGAACUGCCUAUCGGAGUAGAGACGAGCUUCAGUCCGAGCGAUCGAACGACCCUAUUACGAACUUCCGGGACAGAUUGAUCGAAUGGGGUGUGUUUACUCAUGAUGAAGCUAAGUCCAUUGACAAGGACGUGCGAGAGAAGAUCAACAAAGCGAAGGACGAGGCUGAAAGCAUGCCCGAGCCCGAGCCCCGGAUGGAUAUAUUAUACGAGGACGUUUACAUGCGUGGGAGCGAGCCUCAACAGAGGCGCGGGCGCACGAUCGACGAAACCUACUACCAGGGUUAA